AUGGAUGCAUUUAAUUUGGAUAUUUUUGAAGUUGUUUUGGCUAUUUGUAAACAUCUUUGGAGUGAUAAAACAAAACCUACGGAUUUAACAAAAUUAAUUAAAUUUUUGGCUUUAAAUGAAUAUAAAAUAAUUAAAUUAAUUGAAGUAUUAAUUGAUGGACAAGAAAUUGAUGAUUUGGAUGAAUUACUUUCUAAUCUUUUAAUCACUCCUUGCGAUGCUUUAUUAUUACUAACAAUUAUUUGGACAGAAUUGGAAUUUCCAUCAGUUGCUCGUCUUUUUGAGCCAUAUUUAACUUUUCCGCCUCUUGCAAGUAAAAUUACAAACUCAGAAUUACAACAGGCUGAAAAUGAUUUUAAUCAAUUACUUGAUGAACAUUUGGAUAUUUAUUCUGGAAUUGAUUUAAAUAUUAUUGAAAGGAAUAAUCAAAUUAUUAAUGAAUUAGAUAAUUUAUUUGAAAAUUCGAAUGAACAUCAAAGAAUAACAACUGAAAUGAUAAAUAAAAUGAAUGAAAUAAAUCAGGCUUUAAGUCGUGUACCUGAUCAUAAAUAUAAUAUUGAAACAUUUGUUUCGGAUUCAUCAGAAUCUGAUUCUGAAAACUUGGAGGAUGAUUUAGUAAUUUUCAAUGAAAGAAUAAAGAAAUGGCCAAAUUGGCUUGAACAAGAAUUAUCUCAAGCAAAUUUAAAUGAGCAUCUAAUUUUGGAAGAAAAUCAAUUUUAUUUUGCGCCCAUCUCAAAAUUAAAUAAUGAAGUUUAUACAAAUGGGUUUGCAAAGUGUAAAUUAAUUAAAAAGGAUUCCGUCGGCCUCUGUCAAGUAAAAGGAUUUUUACUUUCUGAAGACACUACAACAACUUCUUUACUUCAAUCAUCACAAUUAGCAAUGGGGGAUGCACCAACUAUUCGCUGUCCGGAAGGUACUCGUGUUGUUGCUUUAUGUAAACGUGGAGCUAUUCAAAUUGGUUCUUUGUCAGCUUCUUAUUUUGAAGGCACAAUUGCCGUUUUCUUUGACAAUGGGAUUGAUGCUUAUGUCAAACCAACAGAUAUUCGUUUAAUGUUUAACCAGCCAUUGGAUGAUAACCAAAAAUUCCAACCAAGGCUUGCUUUUAAAAAUGUUGUGAAUUCAACUAGAGCUGAAUUUAUUCGUCAUUAUCUUGCUUGUUAUCCUGACUGGCCUUUGAUACAACUUAAGAAAACUGAAAAUAUGCAAAGAAUUUUGGCAAUUCGGAAUGGUUUAAACGAUUCUGCUUUCGUUUUGGAUGUUGAUAGGCAACUUGCUCUUCUUCGUUUUCCUGGAAUGAAUAAAGCUGCUUGGCCUUCAAUUCAAUCUAAUGUUGUUAAAAAUAUUAAAGAUUGUGUGAACAUGCCCACAAUGAUGAAUGGGUAUAUCGAGGAAAUCCUUUACGUUUUCCAACUCUUGCCCUUUCAACAAAUUAUAAUCAACAUUCUACUCAAAAUAACCAAAAUACUCAACAACAUUUAUCUGGGACCUCUUGUUAGAACUGGACGUAAAAUGGGGCAAUUCGAAAUGGCUCAUCCACUCAAUAGUGUAGAUUUAUACAAAUCAUUUCAAAUAAUGCAAGAAAUAAGGCAUCAAACAGCAAGAAAAUCAUCAAAACAACAAUCUAUUGAAUUGCCACCAAUGCAAACAAGAUCAACUGGAACUCUUUUAAAACGAAAACAAUUAACUUCAAAUGAACGAAUUGCUAUUCCAAAAUGGAUUCGUCCAAAAAACUUUCAUAAAAGUAGUGGCAAUGGAACAACUAGAUUGACAUGUUCACCUGUCUGUUUGAGUUCAAUUAAAGUUACAAAAUAUCCUGAUCGUUACCACUCUCCAUAUUCUAUUCCUUUGCUGAAUGGAUGGGCUAGAUUGACACUCAACCUUGCUUGUGAUUCCAACACCAAAAGUUCUGUCAAAAAAUACUUUACAGUCAAAAAGAAAAUUGUUUAUAAAACUCCUUGUGGAAUUCAACUUUCAUUUAUUGAACAAAUUGCUGAAUAUUUACAACUUACAAAACAACAAAAUUUAUCAAUUGAUAUGUUUACUUUUGAUCCUCAAGUUAAACCUGAAAUUAGAAUUAAAUUAGCUAAUGUUGUUUUGGAGGAUUUUACAUCGGGUCAAGAAGCAAUUCCUAUACCUUUAGUUAAUGCUGUGGAGAAUGCCCCUUUGCCUGCUAUGAUUUAUCGACCGAGGAGAACUGGGAUAAAAAGGAUGGAACCUGGUGGAAACAAACUUGUUGAGGAAUCUAUUAGUCCAUUUUUCUGUACCGGCUGUACUUGUAUAGAUGACUGCACGAGUGAUAAUUGUGAAUGUCGUCAAUUAACUAUAGAAGCCCAAAAUCAGUUGAGCGAGUCUUUAAAAGUUCCAAAAUCCUCACCUAAAGGAUAUAAUCAUCGAAGAUUGGAAAAUAAACAUAUUAGUGGUAUUUAUGAGUGUAAUUCCAACUGUAAAUGCAAUAGAUUAACUUGUUUCAACCGCGUUGUUCAGCAAGACCUUCAAAUACCUCUUUCAAUGUUUAUGACUGCUGAUAAAGGUUGGGGUGUUCGCACACUUGUCGAUAUUCCUGAAGGGACUUUUGUCUGUACAUAUGCUGGUGAACUUAUUGACGAAGAAGUUGCAGAUAGUUUACAAAACGAUAUAUAUUUUGCCGAUUUGGAUUUAAUUGAUGUUGUAGAGCGUGAAAAGAGACAGCAAGGGAUUGAUUAUAUAACUGAUGAAGGUUAUGGGGAUGAUGAAGUUUCGGAAACUCAAAAAAGUAGAAAUGUUUCUGAAAUUGAUUUGACAUAUGAGGAUGAUGAUGAAGCCUUCAACUAG